AUGGAGUCCGGAGUUUACCAUUUCUCCCCGGCUGACCUCAAAAACACGUGCACGAGACAAACGACAUGGCAGAACCCGACGAGGACACCCCUCCCUUGGAGGCCCAAGGCUCUGAUGAGGGCCCUCCAUCAAAAAGACAGAGAGGAUUUAUUGCAAGACAGGCCUGCGAGUACUGUCGCCAGAAAAAAACGAGAUGUGAUGAAGAUUUUCCCUGUGGCCUUUGCAGGUCGCUUGGAAUCCCAUGUCGCUUCGCGCAGAGGAAAGCUACAAGGUAAUUGCAUAAAUGAAGCCUCUUUGGGCAUGAUUGUGAACAUUCUGCGGCGCAUCGAGGGAAAGAUUGACGAGGAUAGAGCCGUCGACAGAAAUUCGCUGAAUGAUAACCGAUUGAACGCCACACAUUCGAGGACAAUUCUCCCGAGGUCUCCUGCAAACUCGAGCGAAAUCCUGGGUGUACCGUCAUUCUUGCAGCGACGUGAAUCAGUGGUCGCAACACCUACUUCAAACACAGAUUCAAGCCCACCCAUAUCAUUCAGCGCUCAUCAAGUCCUUUUCUGGCCGGCCAUUCAAUCAGCGCUGCCGGAAUCUGUCAAACUCUUGUGUCAAGUCAACGGGCCUGACUACAGCACGCGCCUGGAAGCAUCACGGCCAAACCUGCAGCUCCCGACAUCUUCAGACUUGCAGUCGGAUUGGCUGUCGGGGUUGAGCGUGGCGACUUUGAAGGAGUUGUCUGAUGUCUACUUUUCAACAUUCAACCUCGCUAACCCUAUUCUUGACCAAAAGACCUACUUCCAGCGAACGUUGGGUGUCGCCAUUGAUGGUAACUUUGGCAUCUGCAUAGAAAGCUGCAUAGUGCUGGUUGUCAUGGCGCUGGGCGUUAUUGGCCAAAAGGCGCUGGUGGAAGGGGGCUUUGCAUCAGCCACAACUCCUGGAACCUCUGGGCUUGCUGGGGUUCAGGAUGGAGACAUGCCGGGCUUGGCAUUUUUCAACGAGGCCAGAAAGCGACUGGGCUUCUUGAUAUGCGACCAAGGGCUUCAGGCCUGCCAGUUCUACUUGCUAUCUGGUCUCUUUUAUGCGGAAGCUCUCCGACCUAUUGACUGGUGGUCUAUGCUCAACAAGGCCAGUGCCUGCAGCGCAUAUUUCUGGAACAACCUUUCCAGGGACCGUGACGAGUGGAUGCUCGACAUGCAGUCACGGCUCUUUUGGAUCACAAGCAUGUUUGAAGCCGUUCUCACGCAAGAGCUCAAUCUGCCACCGAGCAACUCGCUCGAGCUUGAAGAGCACAUUGCUCUACCAAAGUUCAUAUCAGUCGAAGACAUCCCCUCGUUUGGCUCUUUUCGUUAUCCAGGAGAUGACCCGUUCUUUCACUAUCACUUUUUGUCGCAGCUCGCCCAUCGACUUAUCCUAACGCGAGCCCGUAACAGUUUGUUUCAUUCAAGCCCAACCGCCGACUAUCCUCCGGAACCCGUGGAGGACGAACUGAUUCGCCAGCUGGAGCAAUGGCGGCAAAGGCUCCCUCCAAUGCUGCAGUUCGACCCCAAGGCCCCACUGAGCCGGGCAGAUUCACCUUCAGAUAUUUUAGUAACUGCUUGGCUUCACUGUCGUUACUUCGUUGCGAGAUAUCACAUCGGCCGACCGUUGCUGCAUCGCGCCCUGCAGCGCCCAUCUUCUCUGACGGAAGGUCAUCUCCGAAAAUGCCGCGAUACAAUAGCCGCGGUAUUAAAUUGGGCAUCAAUUCUUCAAGUAGCAAACUCAAUGAAGAGUUGCAACCCUCUGCGAUUCUUUGUCAGCGGCCAGCUCUUUGGUCAAAUAUGUGUUAUUUUUGCCUUGAGCGUUUCUCCAUAUCAGCACAUCCGGGAUAUUGUGUCGGACGUUGAUUUGAAGUGGAAGUCAUUUGCGUUGGACUAUCUGGAGGAGUCUGCUGCUCAUAGUCCCACUAUUGAGCAGGACUAUCAGAUUGCCAAGAUAUUAUGUGAAGAUAUAUGUAAAAGUUAG